GCCACCAAAAUGAAGAGUGUUUUUAUUCUUGCUGACAAAGCUUGGGCGGGUUCGUGCCUUCUGUAUAAGUGGCAGAAAAGCCAAGGAAAUUAUAUUGCUGUUGCUGGGCAGGACAAUACAGUGAAAAUAUUUGAUCGACAUGGACAGAAGUGGACAGACCUCAACCUUCCAGGCCGCUGCGUGGGGAUGGAUUGGGAUAAGGACGGUGACAUUCUGGCUGUGAUAGCUGCAAAGUCCAGCUCCAUCUACCUGUGGGACGCCAGUGUCAAUAAAACAUCGCAUAUAGACAGCGGCAUGAGCAAAGACCAGAUGACCUUCAUCUUGUGGUCUAAAACUGGACCUCUGCUGGCUGUCGGGACAGCUAAAGGAAACCUGCUGAUUUACAAUCAACAGACCUCACGCAAGAUUCCUGUACUGGGUAAACACACCAAGAAAAUCACCUGUGGGUGCUGGAGCUCUCAGAAUCUACUGGCUCUGGGAAGUGAUGACAACACUCUUAGCAUUAGCAACCAUGAGGGAGACACAAUCAGACAGACAACUCUUAGAGGUGAACCUGCUGAAAUUUACUUUUCUGUGAUGAAGACGGAUGAAAGGUCCUCUCAAGGGGAGGGAACUGUGAGUGUCUCCAUGGACAAGAAGAUUCUGAUGCUUUUCAAUAUCAGUGACCCUCAAAACCCAAUAGAGUUGGCCUUUGAGCGUCGCUAUGGCAACAUCGUGUCCUAUCGCUGGUACGGCGAUGGUUACAUCCUGAUCGGCUUCUCCCACGGAUACUUUGUGGUUAUUUCCACUCACAUCAGGGAAAUUGGAUUUGAGCUCCAUCAGGGUCGCAACCAUAAAGAUAGUCUCAACAGUGUGGCCAUCUCACCUGCACUGAACAAAGCUGCUUCAUGUGGAGACAACAGCAUAAAGGUCCAUGAGUUGUCUGAUCUCAACGAUAUCAGCAACAUCGUUCAGCUGGAUGAUGAGACUAAAGGUCUGGAUCAGAUGAACUGGACAGAUGACGGACAGCUGUUGGCGGUUUCCACUCAAAAAGGGACGAUUCACGUCUUCUUGACCAAGCUACCCAUGCUGGGGGACAGCUUUGGUACCCGGCUGGCCUACCUCACCUCCCUGCUGGAGGUCACAGUCUCCAACCAGGUGGAGGGGGAGAGUCCAGUGGCUGUUCAGGUGGAGGUAGAGCCCACGUUCGUGGCAGUGGGACCGUACCACGUGGCAGUAGGGAUGAACAACAGAGCCUGGUUCUACGGUAGAUUAAAACAAAAACGUGUGAAAAAGAUAAAGGACGUUGAAUAUUUGGGGACCAUAGCCAGCAUGUGUCUGAACGCAGACUACGCAGCAGCUCUGUUUGAAGGGAAGGUGCAGCUGCACAUGAUUGACGGGAAAGGUACGGAGGACAGGAAGGAGAUGAAGCUUUUCCCUGACGACGACAGGAAGGAGCGGAUCGUUUGUCACGCUCUAACCUCUGACUUCCUGUACUACGGCACUGAUGUGGGCAGUGUAGUGAGCGUCUUGUUGGAGGACUGGGAGACGGUGAACAGCUACAACCACCCGGUCGGGGUCAGAAAGGUGUUCCCUGACCCAAACGGCACCUGGGUCGUCUUCAUCGAUGACAAAAACGGCGGCUUCCUGUUUUCCCCUGCCAACACAACGGUCGCCUGCUUUGAGCUCCCCAACUUCUCUCCCACCAUCACAGGAGUGCUGUGGGACAACUGGCACGCAGACCGAGGAGUGUUUGUGGCUUUUGACGAUGACAAAGUCUACACUUACGCCCUGCAUAAAACUACGAUCUAUGGCCCCCGGGUGGUGUUGGUGGGGAGCACCGCACUCCCAUUUUCCCAGAGGCCUUUGCUCUUGUACAACGGCGAGCUGACCUGUCAGACGACAAGCGGCAAGAUGAGCGAAGUGCCGCUGAGCACGCACUCGUUCCUCAGACGCUCGGCGGGCACGUGGACCGGGUCACCGGCAGAACUCAGCAGGCAGCUCAGCCAGGCUCUCAUGCUCAAACGGUUCCAAGAGGCGUGGGACCUAUGCAAGUCUGCGGGCGGAGAUGCAGACUGGGCUGAAUUAGGUAAAGCCUGUCUGGUCCACAUGGAGGUGGAACUGGCUGUUCAGGUCCACCGCAUGAGUGGCAACGUGGCUGUGGUCCUGUCGCUGCAGAGCAUUCAGGGCAUAGAGGAUAAUAAUUUACUGGCAGGACAUUUGGCCAUGUUUCUGGAGGAAUACAACCUGGCCCAGGACCUUUAUCUGUCUUCAAGCUGCCCGAAUGCUGCUCUGGAGAUGAGAAGAGACCUCCUGCAGUGGGACAGUGCUCUGAUGUUGGCCAAAAGGCUCGCAGAGGACCAGAUUCCCUUCAUAUCCAAAGAGUAUGCAGUCCAUCUGGAGUUUAUUGGGGAUUAUGUCAAUGCACUGACAAAUUAUGAGAAAGGCGUGACGCUCAAUCCAGAAGAACACGACGAGGCGUGCCAGGCGGGUGUAGCCAGGAUGUCCAUCAGGAUGGGGAACAUUCGGAGAGGAGCCGCUCAGGCUGUUCAGCACCCGAGCAAAGUCCUCAAGAAGGAAUGUGGAGCCAUUCUGGAGAGCAUGAAGCAAUUCCCUGAAGCUGCUCAGCUCUAUGAAAAAGGCCAGUAUUACGACAAAGCUGCGUCGGUUUACAUCCGCUGCAAGAACUGGACAAAAGUGGGAGAGCUGCUCCCAAAUGUCUCCUCUUCAAAGAUCCGCCUGCAGUUUGCAAAGGCCAAGGAGGCGGACGGCAAGUUUAAGGAGGCAGCUCAGGCCUAUGAGGGCGCUAAAGACUGGGAUAACAUGAUCCGUGUGCUCCUGGAUCACCUGAACAAUCCAGAGGACGCCGUUCGAAUCGUCAGGGAGACGCAGAGCGUCGAUGGAGCAAAGAUGGUGGCCAGGUUCUUCCUGCGGCUGAACGACUACGGUUCAGCUAUCCACUUCCUGGUUCUGUCUCAGUGCAACGAUGAAGCCUUCCAGCUGGCUCAGCAGCACGGACAGAUGGAGGUCUACGCAGACAUCAUCGGCUCUGAGGCGACACAGGAGGACUACCAGAGCAUCGCUCUGUACUUCGAGGGAGAGAAGAAACAUCUGCAGGCUGGCAGGUUUUUCCAGAAGUGUGGGCAGUACAGCAGAGCGCUAAAACAUUUCCUCAAGUGUCCUAAAUCUGAAGACAACCAGGCAAUAGAGAUGGCUAUAGAGACGGUGGGACAGGCCAAGGACGAGUCUCUGACCAAUCAGCUGAUUGAAUACCUGCUGGGGGAAAGUGACGGUAUACCAAAGGAGGCCAAGUACCUGUUCCGCCUCUACAUGGCCCUGCAGCAGUACAGGGAGGCUGCUCGCACCGCCAUCAUCAUCGCCAGAGAGGAGCAGCUGGCAGGGAACUACCGUAACGCUCACGAUGUGCUGCUCGGCAUGUACACAGAGCUGCAGGCUCAGAACAUUAAGGUCCCUGCAGAGCUGGCCAACAACCUGAUGGUCCUGCACUCGUAUCUUCUGGUCAAGAUUCACAUGAAGAGAGGAGACCACCUGAAGGGGGCGCGGAUGCUCAUUCGAAUCAGCAACAACAUCAGCAGGUUUAACGCUCAUGUGGUUAACAUUCUGACGUCGGCAGUAAUCGAAUGUCAUCGUGCCGGACUGAAGAACUCAGCCUUCAGCUUUGCUGCCAUGUUGAUGAGGCCAGAAUACAGAAAUAAGAUCGACACGAAGUACAGGAAGAAGAUCGAGGCGAUAGUUCGUCAUCCCGACACGUCCGAGUUGGAGGAGGAAACCACUCCUUGUCCCUUCUGUGGCUUCCAGCUCCCGCAGAACGAGCUGCUGUGCAUCUCCUGCAAGAACAACAUCCCCUACUGCAUCGCCACGGGUCGUCACAUGCUGAAAGAAGACUGGUCCGUCUGCCCACACUGUGAAUUUCCUGCUCUCUAUUCACAGUUCAUUCUGCUGCUGGAAAAGGAGCCGACGUGUCCCAUGUGCUCCAAGAGCCUGUGUGUGGACCAGGUGAAGAAGAUCUCCGAUUGUUCCAGUUACCUGCAGACUGAUGACCUGGACCAGUGA